UUUGAGGGUGACUUGACCAUGUUGUAUGGUGAUUGUAAUUAAAUCUAAGCCAAUUCCAAAGAAAACGAUUUAUUGCCAUUAUUGCAGUUUAUCAAACGAACCUCUUUCAUUUGUGUCGUAUUUUAUAAAAAGCUAAGAACUACGAAUUUCGGGUAUCAAACGAAAUAAUGAAGAAGAUUAAAUUUUGCAGCUUACUACUAGCAUUCCUUUGUCUACCAACACAUUCUCGAGCAGGUUGUGCAGACAAAUCCGAACAUGCUGAAAGCUGCGCAGGUUGGCUGUCUACUGGAUUUUGUGAUCAAGGAAGUGAACACUAUGAGUUUAUGAUCGCUAAUUGCCCGAUGACGUGCGGCCUUUGUGAAGUGGAGGAAGAAGAAGCAGGUUGUGAAGACAAAUCCGAACAUGCUGAAAGCUGCGCAGGUUGGCUGUCUACUGGAUUUUGUGAUCAAGGAAGUGAACACUAUGAGUUUAUGAUCGCUAAUUGCCCGAUGACGUGUGGCCUUUGUGAAGUGGAGGAAGAAGAAGAUUGUGCAGACAAAUCUGAACAUGCCGCAAGUUGUGCAGGUUGGAUGGCUGCUGGAUACUGUGAUUCAGGCAGUGAACACUAUGGAGGAAUGCUUUUUAAUUGCGCUAAGACUUGUGGCUUUUGUCACGUGAAGGAGGUUGGAGAUGGUUGUGCAGACAAUUCUGAACAUGCUGGAAACUGCGCGAGUUGGAUGUCUACUGGAUUUUGUGAUCAAGGAAGUGAACACUAUGAGUUUAUGAUCGCUAAUUGCCCGAUGACGUGUGGCCUUUGUGAAGUGGAGGAAGAAGAAGCAGGUUGUGAAGACAAAUCCGAACAUGCUGAAAGCUGCGCAGGUUGGCUGUCUACUGGAUUUUGUGAUCAAGGAAGUGAACACUAUGAGUUUAUGAUCGCUAAUUGCCCGAUGACGUGCGGCCUUUGUGAAGUGGAGGAAGAAGAAGAUUGUGCAGACAAAUCUGAACAUGCCGCAAGUUGUGCAGGUUGGAUGGCUGCUGGAUACUGUGAUUCAGGUAGUGAACACUAUGGAGGAAUGCUUUUUAAUUGCGCUAAGACUUGUGGCUUUUGUCAAGUGAAGGAGGUUGGAGAUGGUUGUGCAGACAAUUCUGAACAUGCUGGAAACUGCGCGAGUUGGAUGUCUAAUGGAUACUGCGAUUCAGGUAGCGAACACUAUGAGUCUAUGACAGUUAAUUGCGCAAAAUCUUGUGGAUUUUGUGAAGUGGAGAAAGAUGAAGAUGAGACGGAGGUAGAAGAGGAAAUGGAGGUAGAAGAGGACACGGAGGUAGAAGAGGAAACGAUUGUAGAAGAGGAAACGUAUGUAGAAGAUCAAGAGGAAACGGAGGUAGAAGAGGAAACGGAGGUAGAAGAGGAAACGAAUGUAGAGGAGGAAAUGUAUGUGGAAGAGGAAACGGAGGUAGAAGAGGAAACGGAGGUAGAAGAGGAAACAGAGGUAGAAGAGGAAAAGAAUGUAGAAGAGGAAACGGAGGUAGAAGAGGAAACAACUAUAGAAGAGGAAACGGAGGUAGAAGAGGAAACGGAGGUAGAAGAGGAAACAACUAUAGAAGAGGAAACGGAGGUAGAAGAGGAAACGAAUGUAGAAGAGGAAAAUAAUGUAAAAGAGGAAACGGAGGUAGAAGAGGAAACAACUAUAGAAGAGGAAACGGAGGUAGAAGAGGAAACGAAUGUAGAAGAGGAAACGGAGGUAGAAGAGGAAACGGAGGUAGAAGAGGAAACGGAGGUAGAAGAGGAAAAUAAUGUAAAAGAGGAAACGGAGGUAGAAGAGGAAACGAAUGUAGAAGAGGAAAAUAAUGUAAAAGAGGAAACGGAGGUAGAAGAGGAAACAACUAUAGAAGAGGAAACGGAGGUAGAAGAGGAAACGAAUGUAGAAGAGGAAAAUAAUGUAAAAGAGGAAACGGAGGUAGAAGAGGAAACAACUAUAGAAGAGGAAACGGAGGUAGAAGAGGAAACGAAUGUAGAAGAGGAAAAUAAUGUAGAAGAGGAAACGGAGGUAGAAGAGGAAACGGAGGUAGAAGAGGAAAAUAAUGUAAAAGAGGAAACGGAGGUAGAAGAGGAAACAACUAUAGAAGAGGAAACGGAGGUAGAAGAGGAAACGAAUGUAGAAGAGGAAACAGAUGUAGAAGAGGAAACGGAGAUAGAAGAGGAAACGGAGAUAGAAGAGGAAACGGAGGUAGAAGAGGAAACGGAGGUAGAAGAGGAAACGGAGGACGAGAACAAAUCUAACGGAACAGCAAUUUCAUCCGGAUUUGGAACACAACCUUACUAUACAGAUUCCGUAACUAUGAAUAUAAUUAUGAUUAUUUACUUCAUGUCGUAUUAACAUGAUUAAAAUGAUAACCUAUAAUUCCAAGCGUGAGCCGAUCAUAUUUUUAAAAUGCCUCUGCAAUGAAAAAUACUUUAUCCCCUUUAUCUAUCAUGUUGUGAUGUUGUCUUUACAAUGCGAAUGAUAAUUAUUCUUUGUUUGAACGUUGAAAAUCUCCUGCAAUACUCAUCGAAUUGUGUAAACGGUUGAUUUCCUAAAUAUUAAGUGUAACACACAUUUAUUUAAUAAUGUUGCUCACUUAAUUUCAUUGUAAAUUUGCGCCAUUGAGACAUUGUUAUUCGAUACUCAAAUUACCAUUCAUUCUAUUUAAAAGCAUUGGAUUGAGGUAAUACUGCUAUUUUUUCUUAACGUUUACCUGUAU